GAUCUAAGAGAAGGACAGGAGAUUAAAUAGAAACGCAAUUUUUUGGCUGCACAGCUGUACCCCUAAUCAAACAACGUCGUGUGAUGCGGGUACAGCCAGCGCUGGCUGUACCCCCCGAAAACGACGCCGUUCAGCGUAUUUUUAUCCCCUUCAUGAGUUUCCUAAGUUUUCUAACUUUUUUUUUUUUGUUUCUUCUUCUUCAAGUUGCGAUAUAUCUUGUUCUUAGAGUUUAUUUCGAUUUUUUCUCUCCUAUUUUCUCUCUCCUCUGUUUCCAUGGAGCUCGCAGUUAUGGAAAAUUCUGAAGCUCUUUUCGAAUCUAAUUCUGGAAUUUUAAGUACAUUGAUGUCAGAACUGAAUAAGGAAGUAAGUCUUUUUGUUGAAGGGUCAGAAUCUAUGUUAAUGAUGAAGGAAGUUAAAAAUGAAGACGAAGCUUAUGAUUUGUAUAAUGAAUAUGCUUUUAGUAAAGGUUUUGGUAUUAGGGUUGGGAAAGGUCGGAAGCGUCAAAACAGUGAAUUUUAUACUAUGAAACGGUUCUUGUGUAGCUGCGAAGGGGUUAAAGAUGAAAAAAGGAAGAGAACAAGGUCUUAUGCUAGAUUGGAUACGUGUACUGGGUGUACUGCUUUUGUUCAGUUUUCUAUUGGUAAAGAUGGUACAGCCAAGUUGGGUGUACCUGGGUAUUUUACCUGCAGCGUCGUUUUGGGCAGGGGUACAGCCAUCUUGGCUGUACCUGGGUAUAGCAAUUAGGGAUAUAAAAAGAAAAGAGCUCCUUUUACGUGGACCAUUGAAACUAGUACAUGUUACUCCACUUUAUGAUAUUUUUCAUAUUUAAGGGGGAGAAAUAUGAGCCGUUUGAUAAGUUAUAGCAUGA